AUGGCAUCUGCCACCCAUCGUCGAGUGGCCAAGGCGCCCUUCCAAAUUCAUCAAGACCAACCCAAGGGCCAGACUUCAGAUACCGAAGAGUCUAUACAGAGCCAUACACGAAGAGCUGACGAGGAAUAUGACGACCAUGACGACCAUGACGACCACGAUGACCACGACUACUUAUUAGGGGAAGAGGGUGAAGAUGAAGAACAAGAAAAUCCAGCCGAAGAAGACGACUGCGAAACCGACUCCUCUGAUGAUAGCGACGAGAUCGACCUCAGCGUUCAGCAUGACAUGGACAAAUUACAAACUGCCUUUCCCAACUUCAAAGAUAACUAUCGUCUAAUAAAGCGUAUCGGCGAAGGAACUUUCUCUACCGUCUACAAAGCAGAAGAUAUACAAUAUCAUCGGUACGAGAACCGUUGGGAUAUAGACGCGUUAGAAAACCAAUGGAGACCUCCACCCCUCAGAAAUUCUCGAUCCAACUCCGUUUCUUCUCGCACCCGCCAAAAGCCAAAGUUUGUGGCGAUUAAGAAAAUCUACGUAACUUCUUCACCCUCUCGCAUCCUCAACGAGCUCGAACUCCUCCACGAUCUACGAGAUUCCCACUCCGUCUGUCCCCUCAUCACGGCUUUCCGCGAAGCAGACCAGGUUCUCGCUAUCCUUCCCUACUUUCGCCACCAAGAUUUCAGAAAAUACUACCCUCACAUGAGCGUCUACGAUAUGAGAGUGUACUUUCGAUCCCUCUUCACAGCUCUCGCUGCCGUACACGAAAAAGGCAUUAUACACCGCGAUAUUAAGCCCACCAACUUUCUCUACGAUCCGGAUAAGAAGCGCGGAGUUCUAGUAGACUUUGGAUUGGCCGAGCGGGAGGGUUUAGAAACCAAACCAUGUAUUUGCCAUGAUGAUCGGCAAGUGAGGAAGCAGAAGCUGCAACAGUCUGUCGCGUUCAGCUCGGUCCAAGCUGGUCCGCAACCAGGCUACCCAGUAAAUGAUACCCGUCCUUCUCGUCGCGCCAACAGAGCGGGCACCCGUGGUUUCCGGGCACCCGAGGUUUUAUUCAAAUGUACGGAACAAACGACCAAGAUAGAUAUCUGGUCUGCUGGUGUCAUCUUAUUAACUAUUCUCUGCAAACGGUUCCCUUUUUUCAAUAGCGCAGAUGACGUCGAGGCACUAAUUGAGAUCGCUACUAUAUUCGGCGCAAAAAAGAUGAAGAUGGCAGGACAACUGCACGGUUGCGUCUUUGACACCAAUAUACCCACUAUCGGUGAGAGGGGCUUUACUUUCGAAAAGAUCAUGCUAUGGAGCACGUGUAGGAGCGAUGUGAGCAAGGACGGCAGACCUAGCACAUUGACCGAAGAGGAGAAGGGCGCCAUCGAGUUUUUGACAAGGUGUAUGGAAUUAGACCCGACGAAGAGGAUCAGCGCUAAGCAGGCGCUGGUGCACGAAUUUUUACAGAUUGAUGCGGAUACGGAGCCGGAGCCGGAACUAGAAGAUGAUGUGAUGUUGUUAUGA